AUGACGUGUCAGGGAGCCAGCGUGUGGAUUCCUGACCCAGAUGCCGUGUGGGUGCCAGCCCAGCUUCUCCAGGACUACACGUGUGAUGAGAAACAUGUACUGCUGCAGCUUCCUGGCGGGGAGGAGGUACGUUACCCAGUGGCGGCGCCCUCUGACCUUCCCCCGCUUGCCAACCCUGACAUAUCUGAGGGCGAGAGUGACCUGACGGCGCUCAGCUUCCUCCACGAGCCCGCCAUCCUGCACAACUUGCGCGUUCGCUUCGUGGACUACAACAGCAUCUACACGUAUUGUGGUAUCGUCCUGGUGGCCAUCAAUCCCUACGAUCAGCUGCCCAUCUACGGCGAGGAGGUGAUUGAUGCUUACAGCGGUCAGGACAUGGCUGACAUGGAGCCUCACAUCUUCUCUGUGGCUGAAAACGCCUAUCGCACCAUGAUGAGGGAGGAGAAAAACCAGUCCAUCAUCAUCAGCGGUGAGUCUGGCUCAGGGAAAACGGUAUCGGCCAAAUUCACCAUGAGAUUCUUCGCCGUGGUGGGCGGCGCUGCUCAGCAGACCAGCGUAGAGGAAAAGGUGCUGGCCUCAAACCCUAUCAUGGAGGCCAUUGGGAACGCCAAAACGACAAGGAACGACAACAGCAGUCGCUUUGGGAAGUACAUCCAGAUCAGUUUCGGCAGGAAAGGAGACAUCAUCGGAGCCAACAUGAGCACAUACCUGCUAGAGAAGUCCAGGGUGGUCUUUCAGGCACCAGCGGAGAGAAACUACCACAUCUUCUACCAGCUGUGUGCCUCCAGACAGCUGCCUGAAAUGAGAUCACUAAAACUGGCCACUCCUGAGCAUUUCCGCUACACCACUCAGGGAGGAGACGCAAACAUACCGUGUACUGAUGAUGCGAUGGAGCUAGAGCGCACUCGCAGUGCUUUCACCAUCCUGGGUGUGCUGCCAGACCAGCAGAUAGAGCUGUUCAGAAUCCUGGCUGCUGUUCUACACUUGGGGAACGUCAACAUUCAAGCCAGCGGGCGGAGUUCAGAGCGCAGCUACAUUGAUGCAGAUGACGUCUCCCUGGCCAUCUUCUCCAAGCUACUGGGGGUGGAGGCAGCCCUAAUGGCCCACUGGCUGUGUCACCGCAAGCUGCUGCUGGGAGGGGAGACCCUGGUCAAGCCAAUGUCGGGCCAGCAGGCCCUCGACGCCCGAGAUGCUCUAGCCAAGCACGUCUACGAACAGAUGUUCAAGUGGACCGUGCAUAGGCUCAAUGUUACCCUGCGCAGUCAAUCGAGUCGGGCCGGCUCCUUCAUAGGUGUACUAGACAUCUACGGCUUUGAGACAUUUGAGCGCAACAGUUUUGAGCAGUUCUGUAUUAACUACGCCAACGAAAAGCUGCAACAGCAGUUCAACCGGCACGUCUUCCACCUGGAGCAGGAGGAGUACGAACGCGAGGAGCUGACCUGGAGCAGGAUCGAGUUCAGCGACAACCAGCAGUGUAUUCUUCUCAUCGAAGGACCGCUCGGCCUGUUGGACCUGUUGGACGAAGAGUGCAGGAUGCCCAAAGGUACUGAUGAGAGCUGGGUUCUGAAGCUGUAUGGCCAGCACCUGACAGGCAGAGCUCACCCUCACUUCCGUAAACCUCGCAUGUCCAACAGCGCCUUCGUCCUCCUGCACUUUGCUGACAUGGUCCAGUACGAAUGUGGUGGCUUUUUGGACAAGAAUCGAGACACCGUCUUUGAGGAGUUGGUCAACAUUUUAAAAGCCAGUCAGUCAGAGCUGGUGGCUGAGUUGUUCCAGCAGCAUGGAAGCAAAGCUAGUGUGGCCAACGGAAGUGUCCGCUCAGGAAGAAGAGCUCACAGGGAGCACAAGUUGACUGUGGGCUUUCAGUUCCGUCAGUCCUUGCAGCUGCUGAUGGACACACUGAGCAGCACCACUCCUCACUAUGUGCGCUGUAUUAAACCAAACGACCUCAAGGAGCCUUUUAUGUUCGACCCAAAGAGGGCUGUCCAGCAGCUGAGGGCUUGUGGCGUUCUGGAGACCAUCCGAAUCAGCGCUGCAGGUUUUCCAUCCAGAUGGACAUACGAAGAGUUCUUCUUCAGGUACCAUGUUCUGUUGCGAGGCUCCCAAUGCUGCGAAGAUGUCCAACUGGUGUGCCGCCACGCUCUACCUCAGCUCAUACCUGACCGGGACCAGUACGUCUUUGGAAGGACCAAAGUGUUUUUCCGGGCGGGGCAGGUGGCACUCCUGGAGAGGUUGAGAGCGGAAAGACUGCGGGCGGCCGCUGUGGUCCUUCAGAGUUUAGUGAGAGGAUGGCUGGCCCGUAUUCACUACACCAGAACCCUACGGGCAACCGUCACCUUACAAAGACAUUGCAGAGGAGCUCUGGCCAGGCGAUUGGCUUGGACCCUACGCUACUGCAAGGCUGCUCUAGUCAUCCAGAAGACCUACCGCAUGCUGGUGGCCAGAAACUGGUUUCUCCUGAUCCGACAGGCCGCCAUCACCAUCCAGGCUUUCAUCAGAGGCACGCUGACCCGCCGCAAUUACAGACUGCUGGUGGCAAAUAGAGCCGCCUCUCUGCUCCAGGCCAGAGUGCGAGGGUGGUUGGCCAGGAGGGCCUUCAUCAGGUUCCGUGCGGCAGUGGUCUUCGCGCAGUGCUGCGUACGUCGUAAAGCGGCGAGAAGGGAGCUGCUGAAGCUCAAGACUGAAGCUCGCUCAGUAGAGAAGUACCAAGAGCUCAACAAAGGCAUGGAGGUCAAACUGAUGCAGCUGCAGAUAAAAGCAGACCAGGAGGCCAGAGAGAGUGCUGCCCUUAAAGAGUGUCUGCGUGCUGAGCGAGAGGCUGCCGCGAUUGAACUCUCCACUCUGAAGGCCACAAUACAGAAACUUGAAGAACAUCAGAAACACUUAAUUGUUCCUCCGGUUUCCACCAUAAGCGAGGAGGCGGAGCAGGAAAUGAAGCGAGCAGACAAGAAGGCUGCCCAGGAGCUCCUCCAGCUGACACAAGAGGUGGAAGCCCUGCAGAGAGAGAAGAUCUCCUUGAGCACAGAAAGAGAGCGUUUGACCGCAUGUCUUCUACAGCAGGAAGAAGCACAAGAAGCUCUUGUGCGGCAAGCGGUGUCUCAGGCCACGGAAGCUAUGAGAGUGCAGCUGGACGAGGAGAGGAGGAAGCACCAAGGCCUCCUGAGGGAGUUCACCAGGCUGGAACAGCGAUAUGACAACCUGAGGGAGAUGAGUCAGCUCACUCAGGACAUGAAGGGCUACAGAAGGACAGACUCCACUCAGAGCUUAGAACCUCUGUCACCUCAGUCUCUAACGCCACCGUCCUUCUCCCCCUCCACAUCUACCUUCCCUUCUCCUGAGGAGGUCCGCAGGGUCAGCGUGACAUCUCCCACCACGGAAGCAGAAGUCUCCAUGCAGAGUCUGGCAUCACCUAUGGUGCUACUGGAGGCUCGUGAGCUGGAGUGUGUGAGACUGAGGAAAGAGCUGAAUGAUCUUCGUAACACUGUCCCACUCAGACGCCUCCUGACACAAGUAUUUCCAUCAGCGUUUCCCACUGAGAACUCUUCUUCAUCCAAUCAACACAAAGCAGCUCCAACCACUGGUCUGCUUGAAUGCAGGAGAAGAGACGAGAACAAACUCAUGAAGAAUCUCAUCACAGACAUCCGUACAGACAUAGCCAUGUCUCUGCCUCCUGGGUUGCCGGCCAGCGUGGUGUUCCUAUGUGUACGCCAGGCGGACUGCAGGGGGGAUCAAACCAGUGCUUAUUCGCUGUGUCGCGUUGCAGUCACUGCCAUGAAGACAGCUCUAAGGAAACACACCAAUGACUUGAGCAUGACGGCGCUGUGGCUGAAAAACAUCAGUUUGUUGCAUGACCUGCUGAGUCAGCACGCCCCAAAACAGCUUACAACCCAUCCAGAAGAAGUGGUGCCCUUGACUUUUAACCUCAGCGAUUCAUUGCACGCCCUGAGCGAGCUCCGCAUUCUGGCCUAUCAGCAGCUCAUCUCCAUCACCGAGACACGACUGCAGAACAUCACAUCCGCCGCCCUGUUGGAAGGCGAAGACAUCCCAGGAUCGAGGAAGCGAGCAAGCUCAGACCCGAGGACUGCACGGGCCGACGCUCCCACUGUGGCCUCGGUGCUGAGAGAGCUGGGGGUCCUCCACGUCGCCAUGUCCCAUCAAGCUUUGCGCCCGCAGCUGCUGGAGCGAGCCUUCCAGCAGCUCACAUACUUCAUCUCCGCCUCCGCUUUCAACAGCCUGCUGCUCAGGAAGGAUGUGUGCUGCUGCAGUCGUGCUAUUUUAAUACGGCUGAAUGUGAGUCAGCUGGAGGAGUGGCUGCGUAGCAGAGGUUUGCUGACAGAGGGCGCUGUGGCCGCGAUGGAGCCUCUCAUUCAGGCUGUUCAGCUGCUGCAGGUUGGAAAGAAGAGUGAAAAGGAUGCACAGACCCUUGUGCAGACCUGCACCGCCCUCAGCAGCCAGCAGAUUGUGAAGAUCCUCAGCAACUACUCACCUCACGGUGACCUCGACGAAAGAGUCUCGCUCAAUUUCAUCCGCCUGGUGCAGGGACUCUUCAAAGACCGUGCAGACGCUCAACCCCGGCAGCACCUCCUAGACGUGAAGCGGGUGUUUCCUGUCACCUUCCCCGACGCCACGCCUCCUGCCAUACGCGCUGACAAGUUGGUUAUCCCGGAUUCCCUUAAGCUCUCUUUUUUACGCAGAGUAUAAACCAGGGGUUCCCAAACUUUUUGACUCGGGGGGCCGCAUUGGGUUAAAGCAGGGGUCGGCAACCUUCAGCAUACAAAGAGCCAUUAGAUCCCAUUUCCUCCCAAAUAAAACCCAACAAGAUCCGCAAAACUCUGUUGGAUUCCUAAAAUUACGGAAACACCACUUUUAGUUUCGUUACACUUAUGCUAUAGAAUUUAUGAAAUCAAACACUUGAUUCACAUUUUAUUUUUGGGUAUAAGCAAAUCACCAAAUUAUUUUGAACAUUCGAAAAAAAAAAAUACACUGGUCCUUCCCUUAAUGAAUUUGAAAAAAAUCAAGUCACGCCAAUAUUCUGAAGGCAUACAACUGCGGCAUAUUUCAUUUGACUUAAAAAGGGAAAAGAACAACAUGGUCAUCAAUGAAAGCAAAUUAAUCGGUCCAUGAAGCGUUAAACGAUCUAUUUUCAUCAGAAAUGUUUCUCUUUUUUGAGCCGUCCAUUGCUAGCUUGCCGGGGGUUGACCGCUAAAAACAAUACAAUUGCUUGGCAGCAAGAGAUGACGCACAGAGGCUGUGACAUACGCGAGUCCUUUAGGGGUGAUGGACAACUGGGCUGCAGCCUGCCACCAUAGCCCCCCACUCCCUCCUCUGUGUUGAAAGUCUCGAGAUGUUGUAAUACAGUGGUUCUCAACCUUUUAUCAGUGAUGUACCCCCUGUGAACAAAUUUUUAAUUCAAGUACCCCCUAAUCAGAGGAAAGCAUUUUUGGUGAAAAAGAGAGAUAAAGAAGUAAAAUACAGCACUACGUCAUCAGUUUCUGAUUAAAUUGUAUAACAGUGCAAAAUAUUGCUCAUUUGUAGUGGUCUUUCUUGAACUAUUUGGAAAAAAAGAUAUAAAAAUAACUAAAAACUUGUUGGAAAAUAAACAAGUGAUUCGAUUAUGAAUAAAGAUUUCUACACAUAGAAGUAAUCAUCAACUUAAAGUGUCCUCUUUGGGGAUUGUAAUAGAGAUCCAUCUGGAUUCCUUCACAAAAAAAAGAAAUCUUUAACAUCAAUAUUUAUGGAAUAUGUCCACAAAAAAUAUAGCUGUCUACACUGAAUAUUGCAUUGUUGCAUUUCUUUUCACAGCUUAUGAACUUAGAUUCAUAUUUUGUUGAAGUAUUAUUCAAUAAAUAUAUUUAUAAAAGGAUUUUUGAAUUAUUGCUAUUUUUAGAAUAUUUUUUUAAAAUCUCACAUACUCCUUGGCAUACCUUCAAGUACCCCCAGGGGUACGCGUACCCCCAUUUGAGAACCACUGUUGUAAUAUAUAUAUAUGUGCUUUGCUAUGGGGGUUUUUUCCCACUCCAGACUGGGCCCUCUUAGGAGCCCAGUCUAGAGUGUACUUUUUUACUUAUCCUCCCCCAGCGUUUACAUUUGUUCCAUCUUUUUUGGGGCGCCUUGCGGCGACCCAUCAGCGUUUCUGUUCUGUCACCCUGUUCACUGUUUGUCUAAUCUUGAACAGGUUUGUGCUGAAAACAAAGUUUCAUUGUACUUAUGCAAUAUCAAUAAAGACCUACCUACCUACUUUUGAUCUACAAUAUAUUAAAAUGUUUUAUUAUAUGAUAAGAUACCAGAACACACCAAAACAACAACUGUUAGAUGAAAAAUAAUUAAAUAAAUGUAAUAAAUUAAGUAACCAUUAUUUGUUGAAAUUUUGUUUCAAAGCCAAAGGGAGCCACGGCUGGUUGCAGACCCCUGGGUUAAAGCAAUUAGGCCGGGGAAAAAAAUCACUUUUAACAAUAUGAUUUGCUUGAGCGGCUUGGAAACACCGAGCGUAACUAGCUGUAGAAAAUGUAUUAGAACGGAAAGAUUUGAAAAGACAAUACUUUUUUUUUUAAACUUGGUACUUCCUGCGGGCCGGAUUUAGUGUGGGGACCCCUGGUGUAAACUAACAAAUGAAGUCCAAACAAUAUUGUCCAAUUUUUAUUUGAAGCAAAAACACAACUGUAGUCCCAGUAAACCUCAACAUUUCAUCAAGAACCAUAAUAUUUUAAAAAAAAAACAUUAGAAACAUCUCAUGUAUAAAAAAAGUCCCAUGCGACUACUUUGUACCACUACACAUCAUCAGUAAUAUAUAUUUAUAUAUUCUCAAACAUUUGAAUAUCAAAAUAAAG